GAGAGCAGGAUUUUAUUUCAAAGGGCCACACAAGUUUCAUCUUUUGACAAUUAAUCAGUAGUGGGUCUUUGAAAUUUCUUCACAGAUCAUAUCAUUUCUUAGUCUUCUUCUUCAAUCUCCUUCUCUUUCUUCCAGGGGGAGAAUUGAGAACGAGAAUACGUCCAAGGUCAUAGAGAGAGUUUAAAGAAAAUAAAUGGAAAGCAUAACAGGGUGGCAAGUACUCUCUCUUUGUGGAAUAGCAUUGUGGAUUUCGAUUUCUUCAAUUUUGAACGUGACGCAAUACCUCAGAUCUUUUACACAGCCAUGUGUUUCUCGCCUUGUCAUAUCUGGCACUCCCAUUAUUCUCAAGAUCCAGAAAUACCAGCGUAGACAUUUGGAUGCCUUGUUUUCUGGGUUAUCCUGUGUUGUUUCUGUGCCUUUUUAUACUGCCUUUCUCCCCUUGCUUUUCUGGACUGGGCACUGCAAAUUGGCUCGGCAAAUGACUCUCUUGAUGGCCUUCUGUGAUUAUGUGGGAAACUGUAUAAAGGAUGUGGUGUCAGCACCUAGACCCAGUUGUCCACCUGUUAGAAGAGUAACAGCCACCAAAGAUGAGGAAGAGAAUGCCAUGGAAUAUGGAUUACCUUCGUCGCACACUCUUAAUACCGUUUGCUUAUCAGGAUACCUAUUACACUACAUUCUGGACUAUAAUGGAAGUAAUGGUGUCUUUUUAGAGGUGGUUGGAUUUGCCAUGGUUUGUUUGUUUGUUGGUCUCAUUGGAUUGGGAAGGAUAUACCUUGGAAUGCACAGCUUGGUCGAUAUUAUUGGUGGUCUGGCUUUGGGAUUGGGGAUCCUGGCAAUGUGGCUUUCUGUUUCUGAAUACAUUGACAAUUUCGUAGUUUCAGGUCAAAAUGUUGUAUCCUUCUGGACCGCCCUAAGCUUCUUAUUACUGUUUGCUUACCCAACUCCUGAACUUCCAACACCAAGUUUUGAGUAUCACACAGCCUUCAAUGGUGUUGCCUUGGGAAUUGUGAUCGGCAUCCACCAGACAUUCCAUCAGUUUCACCAUGAAAAUGUUCCACGCGUAUUUUCCCCUCAGCUUACUUUCCUUGCAUUUGUUGGUAGAAUACUACUGGGAAUUCCAACGAUCCUUCUUGCUAAGUUCUGUAGCAAGGCUCUUGCGAAAUGGAUUCUUCCCAUUCUAGCAAAUACUCUGGGAAUCCCAGUAAGAUCAACAAGCUAUAUACCUGCCUUACAUGGAAUGCCUGCUGAUAAGAAGUCAGACGAAAUAAAGCAAUUGGGUUAUCUCCAGAAAGUGUUCUUUUUCUCCAAGCAGACCUCAUUUGAUGUUGAUACAGGCAUAAGGCUCCUUCAGUACGCUGGUCUUGCCUGGUCUGUCGUUGAUCUUGUUCCUUCUGUGUUCUCUCACCUGGGCUUGUGAUGCUUGGAUUGCGUUGUAUAGCAGUCGUAUUUCUUCUUUAUUGUUUUUUUUUACUUUCAUUUUGUGGUUUCCAGGUGGGGGUGAAGGGUCGUUUAGGCUGUAUGACCAAAAAUGUAGGUGGAGCUAGUGUUAAGAUGCUUAUUGUAUAGUGACGUAUCCAAAUUUUGGUGCAAUUUACAAUUCUUCACAAUGGAAGCUGAGUUGCUUCUGCUCUUC